GCAAAGCAAAGCAGUUUGAGCCUCAAUUCACCGGCUGGUGAGGUCCUCCCCCUACCGCUCCGCCGCUCUCCCAUCUCCGCCUCUCCCAGUGUCUUCUCUCCUCCGCAGCCUCGGCCGUCCUUGGCUCCCCGCCGAACCGCCUCCCAACUCCGAAUGCGCCGGCCGGCAGGCCGCGUGGUGUGCCUCCGCCUCUCGCCGGCGGCCAGCCCGGCGUUCCUUCCCUGAAGCCCUCCGCGAGGCGCGACCUCGCUCGUGUCGCCGGUGGCCGCGGCCUAGAAGGAGAGUCUCCUCGUGCUCGCCGCCGGUUCGGCAGCGGGCAGCCGCGCCCACCACCUGUUCGACGGAAUGCCGCGCGGGAGCAAGGCCGCCAGGAACGCGUCGCCGCCAGGGCCCGGUCGCGGUGGGGACAGGAUUAGCGCGCUGCCGGACGCCGUCCUCCAGCACGCGCUGGGCUUCCUGCCCGUGCGGGAGGCCGUGCGGACGUGCGUGCUCGCCAGGCGCUGGCGCCACCUCUGGCGGUCCCUGCCCUGCCUGCGCAUCGUCGACGUCGAGGUGCUGGGGAGUGUCAAUGAGCUGACCAGGUUCGUGAACAGGAUUCUGCUGCUUCGUGACCCAGGAUCGGCUCUUGACGGUUGCGAAUUUGAUCUCCGUGGUUUCGAGUACGUGGAUCCUGUUUCCGUCGACCUCUGGAUACGGCACGCGCUGUUGUUACGAGCUCGAGUGCUGUCCCUCAGUGUCCGGUGGACCCCACUGUACAAACCUUUUGAUUCACAGUACCUGAGUACUUUGCAUCUUAACGGUGUACAGUUGUCCCACAAUGCUCUUGAUUGUUCAAGCUGCCCAAUGCUGGAGGAUCUUGAGAUCACCUUGAGUGAUAUCUAUGCCCGCGAGAUCUGCUCUCCGUUCUCAAAACGUUUGAGCAUAGUGAACUGCAAGUUUUGUCUUGACCAUGUAUACAGUACUCGUAUUUCUGCACCCAGUCUCAUUUGGCUCAAACUAGAGUACUGCAGUGGUGCACCUCCUUUGCUUGAAGGAAUGGCGUCAUUAGAAAGCGCAUGUAUCAGGUUUGGUUGUGGGGUUGAUGAUUUUCGCAUGGAAGGUUGCUAUGCGGACUGUUGCGGUGAGUGUGUCUUUCUUUAUGAUUAUGGUGUUCAAAUUGAUGGGCGUGUCCUUCUUCAAGGUUUAUCAAAUGCCUCAACUUUGGAGUUUAGAGCUUCCUUUGGCAUGUUUACUUUAGAAAAAGAUUUGGUAUGCUGCCCUACAUUCAGCAAUUUAAAGACUUUCUAUCUCAUUAAUUGGUGUUUGGCUGGUGAUUUCCGCGCGCUUCUUGGCUUUCUACGAUGCACACCAAAUUUAGAGAAACUCAGUCUUCAACUUUGUCAGAAAGAAAAAUGUGUACUGAAAAUGGAAGACAGCAAUCCAAUUGGACAAUCAUUUUCUCUAGGGAAACUUAAGAUAGUCGAAGUUAAAUGUGAAAAGAUUGAUGAAAGGGUUCAGAGAACUUUGAAGAUCUUGAGUUCAAUUGGAACUUGUCUUGAGGAAUUUAACAUCCAGAAGAUCUAGAAUACAGAGUUUCAGUGUUUCGGUCCUGGGAAGCAUGGAGAAAAGUUGCGCUAUAAGGCUUUUGCCAGUUAAAGCUGUUGCAGCUUCUUCACAGUUAAAUGUUGCAUCCAUUUUGUAUCGUUAUGCUACUCUUGUUAGUUUGGAUAUGUAUGUAUGUAAUUUUGUA